GGGGCCAAAGCGCAGCAGAAGCGGGAGCGCAACCAAGACAAAGCCGCAAAGGGAGGCAAGAGCCAGUUGAAGGUGAACGAGGCGUCGAAGAAUAUCAUCUGCCAGACAUGCAGACAGCCCUUCAUGACCACCACCCGGCUGCCGGCGCUCGAGCAGCACGCUCAGGACAAGCAUGGCAAGACGGCUGCAGAGUGCUUCCCUGGCGCCAAGUAG